AUUCUGGUCGAUGUUGCUAAAAGCCGCGACGGAACCAGAACUACUAGUCGACGGAGAGCAGACAAGUACAGUAUCGACCGUUCCAAUAAGUGAAAUUUAUUUUUAUCCGAAUAAGCACACUUGCGCUCUGCGUUGCGAUAGAGAGUGUAUUUUCUGAAACAGAAGCAGAGGAAUCAAAGCUGAAAAAUCGUUGCAUCUACAAUAAGUCCCGAGAAGCAGCAGCUGAAAUAUCUCUCUAGUACCAGCUGGCCGAAUAUCUACAUAACGAUAGCGCGUCGUUUGUAGGAGGAAGCCGAAGAGGAAGAGAGAAGGAAGGGGAAGAAAAUUGGGGCGUAAAGCACAGAGAGUGUCGAAGCAAUUAACUAUACGGUGAUCUCGACUCAAAACCCAAAAUCACGAAGGCUCGAGAAUCGUGAAGCCAUCGAUGAGAUUGGAGCGAGGUGUCGCUGUUACUAUGUAAAUUAUCAGCAGGUAUAUUUGGCUGCGCGCGCGCACUGUCGUCAACGAGCACCGACUUCAGCAACGACAACAUCAUCAUCGAAAACAGCAGCGGGAGGAACGGACGUGAGGAAGCGUGAAAAAUUAGGCGGCACGCCGCGAUCUAGAAACCAGGACCUUUAUCUGACCGAUUUCAAGGAAGCCCGCAAACUGGCUCCAGAGGUGAGGAUCAAGCAAAUUGGAAUGAGGGAGGACCUGCUAUCUAUAAUACGGCACACGAGCAGCGACCACUUCUCGGAAGAGCUUUAGCCGGGAGCUUGAUCAGGAAGUAGAAGCAGGCCAGACUGGCGCUAUAACUCGCGAAUAGAGAGAUAUUCGCACGAUAGAGUAGAGGUGGCUCUUGCUCGUUGGCCUUUUGGAACGGCUCGCCGUGUCGGGCUUCCUUUUGUUCCAAGGAUCCUCGCGAUUAUCCCUUAGUCAACUAAUAAUUGUCAUCAAAAGAGAAGGAGGAGAACCGUAUAUUCGAACGACCGAUUGUUCUCCGUCAUACGGGGUUUCCCGGUUAUGCCCUGGGUCGCCGCAUGUUUUGACCUGCUAGCGGCUCCGUUACUGGGUUAUUGUCUAGCGAUCAGAAAACUAGCUCUACAAGCCGGCAUUCUGCAGGAGAGAAGAAACGAUCUUGUCGGGAAACAGACGUCUAACACGGGAACAUCCUCGUACGCUGACGCAGCUACAAUGGUUCCUAACACAGAGGAGCGUCAAGAUCCCGGCAAGGAAAAGGUCGCAGCAAGAAUGCCGGCAGUAGCGAAGUCAGCGCGCAAAUUUGUUGGGGUUGUUAUAGCCAUUUGUGGUUUACCAGCUCGUGGGAAAAGCCAAAUCAGCCAGAGUCUUGCUCGCAGACUUAAUUGGAAUGGCGUAACCACAAAAGUUUUUCGCGUGAGUGACUAUCGAAGAAAACGAGUCGAACCUCAUAUAUCGCGUGAACUUCUCCGAUCAGAUAAUGCGGCAAACAAUGCAUUAAUGGCUCUCGCACAGAGAGAUGCCAUGCUAGAUUGCUCGGCGUGGCUCGCAUCCGGAAAUUCCGUAGCGCUCUUGGACGCUAUGCUGAUCACGCGAGCGCAGCGCACGGAGGUCUACGAUCACUUCUCCGGUCAGCUCGGCUAUCGCGUUCUAUUCAUCGAAUGCGUCUGCGACGAUCCGGAAAUUCUGGAGCACAAUCAACAGGAGAUUGUGAAACAUAGCGCCGACUAUGCAGGUGUAGACGCCAUCGUGGCCGCGGAAGAUCUGCGCUCGAAGAUCGCUUUUUAUGCCCGAUCGUAUGAGCCGAUGGAUGACAGAAUCUAUCCUAGGAUCAGAAUCGACACUGCUACUAUGGACAUGGAGACCUGCAAGGUGUCCGGUCACAUUGAAACUACCGUGCUUGGAUACCUCGGAGACAUCAGUCUUAAACCUCACACUCUUUAUUUCUCGAGGCACGGUGAAAGCGAGUACAAUGUGCUCGGUAAAGUUGGCGGUGACGCGGUAUUAAGUGCCAGGGGCGAGCGUUACGCUCAAGCUUUAUCAACCAAGUUUAAUGCCAUGCGUAUUCCCGAUCUUCGGGUUCUCACCAGUCGUCUUCGCAGAACAAUCGCAACGGCGCGUGGUAUCGAAGCCCCUCAGGAGCACGUAGCGGCUUUGAACGAGCUUCAUGCGGGAGUGUGCGAGGGUCUCUCCUACGAGGAAAUGCAGGAGCAUUACCCGCAGGAGUUCGCCUGGCGUGAUCAAGAUAAGCUGCGUUAUCGUUAUCCAUGGGGCGAGAGUUACAUCGACGCGAUGCAACGUGUCGAGCCGGUAAUGGCCGAGUUACAGCGCUCCAAUAACGUCCUCGUGGUGUCUCAUCAAGCGGUGCUGCGCUGCAUCAUCGGAUUCUUCCUCGAUAAGAAACCCGAAGAGCUGCCCUACAUGGAGGUGCCAUUACACACGAUAAUCCGCGUCGCCAGCCAGGGCUACAAUUACAAGCUCGAGUUCUUUAAGCUGCCGAUCGAAUGCGUCAACACUACUCGCGUCAAGCCCAAAAAUUGUAGCGGAGAUCGUACCGCUGCCGACGCAUUAAUCACGGUCCCCGAUCAUUUCGAUAUACCGGAUCCUUGGAGAAACCCCGGCAAUGGGCCUACUCUCGUGCAACAGCAUUAAAAAAAAUCAACCCGCCGCUUGAAAAGCGACAUAAAUCGAGUUUUGAAUCACGAUGAAUCGAAGAAUUUUAGUAUGAGAUAAUGAUAUCAGAUACAAUUUGGCAUAAAAAUAUGAUAUCAAAAUAUUUUACGAUCAGUGUAUGGAAAAAAAUAUCAAAUAUAAGAUAACAUUGCUCAUUAUCAGUAUCAGUUGAUAUAAAUGAAGGAUUAAUGAGAUAUUGAAAGAUCGAUUUACGUUAUGUUUUAAACAAAUGGCUUAUUCAAUUAUUGGCACUAUUGAAAUUAUUUAUUUAUUUGUUUUUAAUUCUGGGUAUAAAUAUUCACGCUAUUAUAAAAGAAAUAGAUCACUACCUUUAUUAAAAUUCUCGCAGUGGCAAUUAAAAUGAGUAAAUUAAUUUUUUUUUUAUACGCACGAUAGCUGACAGAAGCGUCUAUUUCUUGACAGUAAUCAAUAUGCGGACACGCUAAAAAUUGUUUGUUUCUCUGAUUUUGAGAGUUCUUUUAUGUAAUGGAGAUUACGCACAAAUUUUCGAACAGGAUAUCUUUGACACUGAUCGUCGGCGAAGUUUUGCGAAUGUUUAUCGAAUGUCUCGGAUCGACUUCAACGAUAGGUCUACGAUACGGUAUCGACUACGCCUUUAUAAUAAACAACAAUUGGAAAUCCCCUGGCCCAAAGCCCUCUAUGUGUAGCGAAAGAUGAUAGUUUUGUCAAAAAAUUAUAGAAUUGCUCGGUGAUUAAAUUACCUGACGUGCUAAAUACAUAUACGUAUAGAUUUGUAUAUAGAAUGGAUGGGAAAAUUUAAUGUCAAAAACAGUUUGUGAUAAUAAUACAUAGAAAUACAAAAGUCGCUAUGCAACUGAAUCAUUUUUUUUCGAAUGUCAGCAUUUUUUCUUAAGUUUUCUCUUAAAAUAUCUUACAAAACUUUUAUUCCGUGCUGUGAUCAUUUUUUAUUAAAUGUAUGAUCUCUUUUGUCAUAUUUUAUUGUUCAAGUGUCAUCGAAUUUACAAUUGUCUUAACGAAGGGGAGGUGAAAGAUUACGGAAAUGUUUAGGUAUAUGUAAGAGUUAUUAUAUGUAGCACUUGAGAUUUUGAAACAUAAUGCACACAUUAAUUACUCUAACAAUGAUUAGAAUCGGCAGAAAAUUUAUCUCUGGAUACUUUAAGAUCUUAUAUUUUUAUAAAGGAUAGAUAUUAGAUAUAAUUAUAGCCGCUUCUUUCAUAGCUAUUAAUUCGUUUUACAUUUUAAACAACAAUGCAAUAUAUUUAUAAUUGUUCCUGCAAUUUAUAAAUAUGAAAUUAUAUUAAUUAUAUUAUUUUGAUAGAUAAGUUAUAAAAGGAAAUUCUUUGCAACGAAACGAAUAAUAGAAAAAGAAUGUUAUUAUUAAUACACUAAAAUAGCUUAUUAUCUUUAUCAUAGAAAUAGAUGUUUUAUUGCUCCUAGUUUAUUAAUGGCUAAAACCUAAUAAAAAUGAGGGCUUAUUAUCUCAAUAAUCUUUUUAUAAAAUAAGUAUUGCAGUUAUCGCAUAAAAUGAUUCAAAUGUAUAACAAUUGGAAAACAUUGAUAAUUUUAUCUUUAUUACUAUUAAAUUGUUUUAUAUAAAGAAAUUUUUUUGUCGCACAUAUUUGUGAAUUAGAUCUGUUUAAUUCAAUAUAUCGUCUUAAACUUGUUAGAAUGUGUAUUUUUAGCAUAAAUGCAAUAUAGUAAUGCGCAGAGAGGGAAAGAUGGACAUUUAAUAAUAUGUGCAUUUUAAGCAAAUCAAUCAUAGUUGUGUUAAAAUUGACGAAGUAGAUUUUAAAGAUUAUGUAGAUUUUUGUGUGUAUUUUGUGUGCACGAGUUAGUUAUGAUUUCCAUUUAACUAACAAUAAGAUAUUGUUCUGGAUAAACAAGCAAAAUUUUGUGGAAUAUGAUAGAUAAGCCAAUUCUUAUAAACUAUUGAUUUAUAUCGAUAUUUUAUUGUGUUUUACUCUUCGUUGUAUAGGAUAGUUUAUUGCAUAAACGCGCAUAAUAUUUGAUUAGACAUGAACGCGAGGUUCUCCAAGAUUCAAUGCGAUUCCAAGCUGUGAAAUCUGAAAGAGAAUGAUUUGCGAUUCCUAGAAUUAGUUCGAUAAUUUUUAUUCGCACUCUAUUGGAAAUUACCAUCCCUUAUCUAUGUAUGUCUUCUUUUCAAAUAAAAAGUCGAUCUAGUCGAUCUUCCGAUGUUUCGACUGCUGAACAUUUUGUGACUUUAUUCGAAAGUCACAAAAUCAUGAAUUAUAAUUUGUAAUAUGUACAUUUUAUGAUUAAGACAUAUUAUUCAUAGUUUGGAAGUUUGAGAUUUUUUAUUUGUACACUCUGUGAAUAAAUAUUUUUUUUUUUAUAAAA